GAUCCUGUCAGUCAGAGCUCAUCAGGUCAGACAGGAGAGCGGCUGAGAUGACUUCUAUGCAGCAGGUGAACCCCAGGGUGCUCGGGAUCAGGGAGCCCUCGAAGCUUCAGAGUCUGGCUGCAUGCGUCACACAGGAGAUCAGACAGGGAGCAAAUAAACCCUUCAAGAAGGUGAUUGAUGUCAGUUCAUGUGACCCCCACAGGGCAGGGAUGGAUCCAGUCUCCUUUGUCCGGCAGGUCCUUGCCGUGUGUUUGUACCCGGAGCUCCUUGAAGACAAAAGCCUUCCGCUGGACGUCAGGCAGAGAGCACAGACGCUGCUGGGAGCCUGCGAAGGAAGGAGCGUGGGUUCAUACUCUACAACCAGCUGCGGUUUACCACUCGUCCAAAAAAGUGUAGCUGAGUUCAUCACGAGCAGAGAUGUUGGAGUAAAGUCACGCCUGGAGGACAUCAUCUUAUGUGGAGGUUCUCAGAAGGCUGUGUCGAUGGUUUUGCACCUGAUGGCCAGCAGGGAGGGGAGGACUCAGACAGGUGUGUUGACCCCCGCGCCCUGCCCUCACACCCUGCCUGCCCUGCUGGAAAUGUGCGGGGUGAAGCAGGUGCUGUACCACCUGAUGGAGGACCAAGGGUGGGCUGUAGAUCUGAAUGAGAUGCAGCGAGCUUUGAAGGCCGCUAGGGGGCACUGUGAGCCGAGAGCCAUUUACAUCAGCAACCCAGGAAACCCCACAGGCCAUGUUCAAGACAGGGAAACAAUGGAGGAGCUGAUUCGAUUUGUUGCCGCUGAGGGCCUCGUUCUGUUAGCGGAAGAGGUGUACCAGGACAGUGUUUUUGGGCACGACAAAGAGUUUCUUUCCUAUAAGAAAGUUCUGUUUGACAUGGGGAAAGAGUUGUCAGAGACAGUGGAGCUGGUCUCCUUCCACUCUUUAUCCAGCCCCUGCAUUGGAGAGUGUGGUCUGAGAGGAGGAUAUAUGGAGAUCAUAAACAUGGAGCCAGAAGUGACAAAGCACCUCAAAAGAAUGCUGGGCCCCUACACUCCUCCAGUGUUACCACAACUUGCUCUGCAGCUCAUGGUCAAUCCUCCCACGCCUGGAGAGCUCUCCUAUCAAACGUACUUACAGGAGAUUCUUCACAUAAAGACAACGCUGUCCCAGAAUGCUCAGCGUGCUCAUGAGUUCCUGAAUGCUCUUCCAGGGAUGACCUGCCAGCCAGCGAUGGCCGGAGUCUUUCUUUUUCCUUGUCUGCACUUACCGACUGAGAUGAUCGAGGAGGCCAAGAUGUUGGGCGUGAAGGCAGAUGUUCUCUACUGUCAGAGGUUACUGGAAGAAGAAGGUGUGUGUUUGGGAGCGGGCUGUGAGAACGGACAAGAGGAUCAGAACUACCACAUCAGGCUCUGUGUUUUGGCUCCUCCUGACACCCUGGACCAGGUCUUGGCACGCCUCCGUUCUUUCCACCUGCGCCUGCUGAGCAGAUUUCCCUGACAGAAAUGUCAAGGGCACAGACUCCUGGGAAAAAUACCAGACCAUACUCUAACUCUGACACCAUAUAAAAGUAUUUAAAAUCACAUCUAAUCACAAGAGGCGAUUUUCUUU